AUGAAUUCUUCUACGGCAUUCCCCAAGGCCGCGGCUCUCCCCGCGCGUCUGUUGCGAACCCAGCGACAAUGCUCGAACCAGACCUCCAAUAGCAGUGUGCGAUCUUCAACUCAAAGCAGAUAUUACCAUGCUACUGCGUCCGCUUCCCCGGCUAGACGUCUGCGGGAGGGUGUCUGCAAAAGAAAGGAUUCCUUGGUGAUUUCCGCUCGGACUUUCCACACUACUUCUCCCCUUUUGGCCGUUGCCGAUCCCUACAAAGUCCUCGGCGUUGACAAAAAAGCAUCUGCCGGCGAUAUCAAAAAGGCCUACUACGGCCUAGCCAAGAAAUAUCAUCCGGAUACCAACAAGGACCCUCAAGCGAAGGACAAGUUCUCUGAGGCUCAAACGGCCUACGAAUUGUUGUCCGACGCCAAAAAGCGAGAGAACUAUGACCGAUUUGGCUCGGCAGCCUUUGAUCAGAACGGCGGAUUUGACCCAAGUGGCGGCAACCCAUUCGCCGGCGCAGGAGGAUUCCAUGGCUUUGGUGGUGGUUUCGGUGGAGGUGGCUUUGGCGGAGGGUUCACCGGUGACAUCAACUUCGAGGAUCUAUUUGGCGCGUUCACUGGAGGAGCGCGUCGUGGGCCGCGGGGCCGGGGCAACCCUUUCCAGGAACAGAUCCUGGUUGGUGAAGAUAUUGAGGUCCAGACCAACAUCUCGUUUAUGGAUGCCGCCAAGGGCACUUCCCAGGACAUUGUUAUCACGCCUUUGACUGAGUGUGGAACCUGUAAAGGUGACGGGUUGAAGGAAGGAACCAAGCGGUCCCAAUGUCGGCAGUGCAACGGUACCGGUACCCGUGUCCAUCUCAUGCAGGGAGGCUUCCAGGUUGCGGCUACUUGCGAUGCUUGUGGCGGCGCUGGUAUGUCCGCCCCUCGUGGGUCUGAGUGCCGUUCCUGUAACGGAAACGGUGUUGUCAGGGAACGCAAGACCAUCAAGGUCGACAUCCCCGGGGGUGUUGAAGAUGGCAUGCGUCUGCGGGUGACUGGUGAAGGCGAUAGACCCCCCACUGGAUCGGCUGUUCCCUCUGGAGCCCGGACCAAGCCCGGUGAUCUCUACGUCUCCAUUCGAGUCGCUCCGGACUCUCGAUUCAGCCGCUCUGGAUCUGAUAUUCUCUACACCGCUUCCAUUCCUCUCACCACUGCCAUUCUUGGCGGUGAGGUGACCAUCCCAACCCUCGAGAGCGAGGUCAAGGUUAAGGUCGCCACGGGUACUGGUACUGGUGACCGAAUUACCCUGUCUGGGAUGGGCAUGAAGAAGCUGGGUGCUCGGGUACGCGGCUUCACACCUAACGGUGAUCUCAAGGUUGAGUUUAAGGUAGCAAUGCCGAAGUACUUGACCGGCAACCAGCGAACCAUCCUGGAAGUCCUUGCAGAUGAGAUGAACGACAAGACCGCGAAGCGGACAAUGAACUUCAGCGCCGAUAAGGAGAGCUCCUCAUCGAGUUCCGAAAACGAAGGCUUCCUGAAGUCUGUCUGGCACCGACUUACGGGCGAGAACUAUGAGGCCAAAAAGAAGGAUACCAAGGACAAAGACACCAAGAGCAAGGAUGGCAAGACCGAUGCCAAGGACGACUCGAAGAAAUCGAGCUGA